UAUGAAGCUUAGAGGGGUAUAUAGAAAAGGAGAAGCUUGUUUCUGUCAACCUUCAUAUCUAAAACUCUACACAACUUUACUAUCCAUCUCUCAAACUCAAUUCCUCUUCAUCAAUAACUAUCUAAACACACAUACACACAUACAUCAUGCCUGAAGGACGUCAAUCACCACCACCUGAGACCCAAUCCGGUGCUCAAACAGGUGCUCCCUCCGAUGCCAAGGGAGUCAGCCAAGGAGGCAACAACCAACAAGACAGCAAAUCCGAUCUUGAGAACCUCUCCUCAAACCCAAAGGGACCUCUCGAUGAUCACUCAAACGAGACUCGCUCAAAGACUGAGAACUAAACGCGAACUGAUAUGAGGGUGUUCGGGAUAAUGAAUGGAAACAUGUAUAUUAGUCGCACUUCCAAAGGAAGUGUACGUAUUGAUACGAUAUGAGAUGAUAUGAUACCGUCAUGAAAUGGGAGGAGUUAAAUGAGACAAUGAAAUAAACUCGUUAUCAAGUAUUCUGGUGUGAUGUUGGCUUACUUCUGUCGUGAGAACGUGCAAGGUGUAUCAAUAUUUCUAUAUAGAAUACAGACUCUUUGAAA